AUGGAAUCCAUUUCACCCGUUUUCUCGUCUCCCCUCCAGAAACAAUACUCCCCACCAUGGGCCGAUCUGAGUAUCAUUGGAAUUGCGGGCAGCUCUGGCUCGGGUAAGACCUCUGUUGCUAUGGAAAUUGUGAAGUCGUUGAAUCUGCCAUGGGUGGUGAUCCUUGUAAUGGACUCCUUCUACAAGAGCUUGGAUCAUGAGCAACAUACCAAGGCGCAUUCGAAUGAAUAUGAUUUUGAUUGCCCGGACGCGCUGGAUUUCGAUGUCUUGGUGCAGACUUUGCAGGAUUUGAAGAAAGGGAAGAAGGUUGAUAUCCCUAUCUACUCUUUUGCCCAUCAUCAGCGUCAACCGCAGACGACCCCGCUGUACUCGCCACGGGUUCUCAUUCUCGAGGGUAUCUUGGCCCUCCACGACCCAAGAAUAUUGGAUCUGCUGGAUGUGAAGAUCUUCGUAGAAGCCGAUAUGGACGUUUGCCUGGGACGCAGAAUCAUGCGUGAUGUUCGGGAACGAGGACGGGAUAUAGACGGCAUUAUCAAACAGUGGUUCAACUAUGUGAAGCCGUCCUACAGGCGAUAUGUGGAACCGCAGCGUCUCGUAUCCGAUAUCAUCAUUCCUCGCGGCAUUGAGAACAAGACGGCCAUCGACAUGGUCGUCAAACACAUCCAGCGUAAGCUGGACGAAAAGUCAGAGAAGCACAGCGCAGAUCUGUACAAACUGGUCGAAAUCGCGUCCGGGGAGCAACUCUCUCCCAAGGUCCAGGUCAUGGCGGCCACGCCCCAGUUCAUCGGCAUGAACACCAUCCUCCAGAGCCCGGAAACGGAGCAGGUCGAUUUCGUGUUCUACUUUGACCGACUGGCAUGCCUGCUGAUCGAAAAAGCAUUGGACUGCACCUCGUACGUCCACGCCGAAGUGAAAACCCCACAGAAGAACGCCUACACCGGGUUACACCCCGCCGGCGUCGUAUCCGCCGUGGCCAUUCUCCGCGGCGGGUCCUGCCUGGAGACCGCCCUGAAGCGAACCAUUCCCGACUGUAUCACGGGCCGCGUCCUCAUCCAGACGAACGCAAAGAACGAGGAGCCCGAACUCCACUACCUCAAGCUCCCCGUGGGCAUCGAAGAGCACGGCACGGUCAUGCUCCUCGACCCGCAGAUGGCCAGCGGCGGAGCCGCCCUGAUGGCAGUCCGCGUCCUGAUCGACCACGGCGUCGAAGAGCACAAAAUUUUUAGUACUCGGCUCUAUACCCAGGCGUAUACCCAGGCGUCUGUGUCCACCAACUCUGAUAAUCCAUCCGACCCCAGAUUCGCCAACAUCCAGUCCGACCCCCGCUACCGCCUCCCCAGUAAACGCCACACCCAUGUCAAACUCGACAAGCGGUUCGCCCACAUGCUCAGCGACCAGGACUUCUCCCGGAACGCCGCCGUCGAUCGCUACGGUCGCAAGCUGGCCCGCGAUGACACCAAGAAGCAGCUCGAGCGGUUUUACCGGUUAGAAGAAGAUAAUGAGGACGACGAAGACGAAGACGAGGACGAAGACAAAGACACAAAGGCCGGCGCCGCCGUCGCUGACGACGACGAGGUUCUCCGCGAGCUGAAGAAGGCCGAUGCGCAGUCUUCGUAUGAUCCUGCGCGCGACGGCGGGUUCGAGUCCUCUUCGUCGGAGGAGAGCGAUAGUGAGGAUGAAGACGAGGACGAGGAGGAGGAGAGGGUUGCCGGUGGGGAGGAGCUCGAUUUCCCGGAUAAGCAGCGCGAUGGGGUCCCGACGGGGGAUGUCACGAACCGAGUGGCGGUUGUGAAUCUCGACUGGGAUAAUAUCCGCGCGGAGGAUCUGAUGGCUGUGUUUUCGAGUUUCUCCCCGACUGGGGGCCGCGUGUUGCGCGUUUCGGUCUAUCCGAGUGAGUUUGGAAAGGAGCGCAUGGAGCGCGAGGAGACGGAGGGGCCGCCGAAGGAGAUCUUCGCGUCUAAGGAUGAGGAGGAGGAAGAUGAGGAGGAAGAGGACUCGGAUGAGGAGGAAGAGAAGAUUCGGCAGUCCAUGCUGAAGGAGGAUCAGGGCGAGGAUUUCAACUCGACUCAGCUGCGCAAGUACCAGCUGGAGCGGCUACGCUACUACUACGCGAUCCUGACAUUCUCGUCCAAGGACGUGGCGAAGCACGUCUACGACCUGGUGGACGGCGCCGAGUACCUGUCGAGUGCGAACUUCUUCGACCUGCGGUUCGUGCCGGACGAGACCGAUUUCGACGAUGAUAAGCCGCGCGACGAAUGCGAGCGCAUCCCCGACGGCUACCAGCCCAACGACUUCGUGACGGACGCCCUGCAGCACAGUAAGGUCAAGCUGACGUGGGACAUGGAGGACAAGUCCCGCAAGGAGGCCCAGGCGCGGGCCUUCCGCGGCAGCCGAAAGGACAUCGACGAGAACGACCUGAAGGCGUACCUGGCCAGCGACAGCUCCGACGACGAGGACGAGGACGACGACGAGGAUGGCGGGGUGGAAGUGGUGGAUGCGGCGGGCGAGGGCGACCCAACGCGGACGAAGCGCUCGAAGAAGGAGGAGGAACGGCAGCGUAUGCGCGCCCUGCUCGGUCUGGGAGAGGCGCCCAAGCGGACCAAGUCAGACGGACCGGUCGGCGAGAUGGAAGUAACCUUCACGUCAGGACUGGCGGGCGAGCCCACUCGGGAGAGCGUGUUCGAGAACGAGCCCGAGAAGGACGAGACGACGAUCGAGAAGUAUCUGCGCAAGGAGCGCGAGAGGAAGAAGCGCCGCAAGGAGAAGGUCAAGGGCCCUAAGGAGGGAGAUGACGAUGCGGACGAGGCGGAGGCGGACAACGCGGCGGCGGAUGAGGCCUCGGCGGCGGAGGAGGCAGACGAUCUCGGCUUCAACGACCCGUUCUUCGACAACCCGUCGGGCAAGGAGACCGCACACCAACGCAAGGAGGAGAAGCGCAAGAAGCGGGAGGAGCGGGCAGCCGUCGAGGCGGCCGAGGCGGCCAAACGCGCGGAGCUGGAGCUGCUGAUGAUGGACGACGACAGCAAGGCGGGGAUCAAGCACUUCAACAUGACGGAGAUCGAGAAGGCGGAGAAGCAGGCGCGCAAGAAGGGCAAGGCCAAGAAGAAGCAGAAGAAGGCGGCGGCCGAGGCGAGUGCCUCUGCCGAACAGGACGACUUCCAGGUGGACGUGCAGGACCCCCGGUUCUCGCGUCUGUUCGAGAGCCACGAGUUCGCCAUCGACCCGACCAACCCGCGGUUCAAGGGGACCUCGGGCAUGCAGGCCCUGCUGGAGGAGGGACGCAAGCGACGACGGAACAGGACCGACGAGGAGGACACACGACCGGAGCCUUCAACCCGGACGAAGAAGCAGAAGAAGAGCUCGUCGGCUGGUGGUGGAUCCGAGGAUCUGCAGAAGCUGGUGAGUCGGGUGAAGCAGCGGACGAAGGGAUAAAGGGGGGUUGUAUAUAGACGUGGAUUGAUAC